AUGUCGGGCACAGUCAAUUAUUAUGAUUAUAGUGAGCAAUACGAGAUCCAAGAGGGAAUGGAACACUCCGCUGGCGCAGUGCCCACAGGUUUUGUCAGGCAUAUAAAAACCAUUAUCGAAGAAAGAGGAACACCGGAGCCAGUCUCCAAGGGCGGCAAUGUCGCGGCUCCGGAUCGUGCAAUACAACACUCAGAUGGAAUCGUUCCUGACAUUCCUGAGCUUCCAGCGUCACCAGUCCCGCGACGCAUCACGCGUGAUCUAGUUCUGGUAGGUAUUGGACCCGAAUCCUCGAGCGGAGAGGUGGAGAUCUCUGGGGCAACAGCCGAAACCAGGAGUUCAGAGCGAUCCGCAGGUCGCCCCCAAGAUGACAAUACAGCCUUGCGACGUGGUAUUGGAAGCCGAGCUGUGCACCCUGCGCACUCAAAGGAUGCCACGGAUCGGCACAGUAUCCUGUCGCAGGCAGGCUCGAGUGUGAUGGAAUCUUCCACGCUUGAGUUCGCUGUCCGGUGUUCCAUACCCAUGGUGGCUGAUAAGGGUUUGACUCUGGACUUGGACAACGAUAUCACAUCUGUGUAUGCUCCUGACGCGGACCCGACUAGUGAAGAUGGUAUGACGGAUCUUCUGGAAGGCUACCAGCGUACUGAUACGAAAGAAGAGAGCGAAGAGGCUGCAGAGGAGCAACUCAACGAUGAGGAGCGCGUGGAGAAGAGAAGCAACCACACAAGCAGCCAUGCUGCCAAGCCUUCGGAUGAACAGUCCUUCAAGUCCUGUACAGAUGUGAUCAAAGUCGCAGAUCCUUCAAUGAAGACUCCCGACCAAGCGACAGCAGAGUCGUGCGAAGAUUUGCCAGAGCAUGAUCCACCCAUCAAGGAUUCAGAUGCAAGAUCCUUCACAACUUGCAUAGAUGCAGUCACUCCUGAUCGAUCGGCGCCGCGACUACCGUCUUCGCAGCUCGUUGCUUCAGAAGCACUCCUCCGAAGACCAAUCUCCGAGAUGCCAUCGUCGUCGCCUUGUUUGCCAGAACGCCAAGCAACCCCUUCGUCAACGUCUGAAUCAAGCAUGUCCAGGGUCGUUGGCAGGUUCCGAGCAAACUCAAAGCCAAGCUUCACGCAAGGCUCUGCGGACGGGUCAUCCCGAUAUUUGGAGUACGGAGCCCAAACCCCCCCUGCCGUACCUCCUAGAGAAUCUAGCUCUUCACGGGAAGCGCAGCAGUCAAGAGGCGUCGCCAACUUCUUGCUGCGCUCUGUUCGCCAGCGUUUUGCCAAGGCUAGUCCUGGGUCGAAUCUUAGACCUAGUAAAGAGGUCAAAACUUCGAACCCGCAGGAGCUGGACGAUUUGGGUACUAAUGCUGGAAUUCCUACGCCACCUCCGAUGAAGGAGAGGGUGUUGCUGGGCAACGGUAUUGUAUAUGCUGAUAGGCCUGUUCAAGCGCUGCAAGCGCCUCAGCGAGUGUUGACAAAAGAGCGAAUUCUGCCGCACCGACAGAGCGAGACCAUGAACAUGCGUGGCAAUAGCAUCGCACCGAAGGGCGACACGUCCACAUCGGCUUCGAUUUUUACCGCCACUCCCGAUGCACGUCAGAAGUUGGUCACGACCCCAUCACCUGCAGUGCCGGAAGCCUCCUCGGUGUAUUCGCAGGAAAACCUCACUUCUACUGGAUCCCGUGACGAGGUAUUUCCGGGUGCCUUUGUCCAGAUACCAGGGCCUCAUCGUCAGGACAAUCAGGCCACGACGCAUUUGAACUGGACCGGGGCCAACGGCUUCCAUUCGUAUUCCGUUGAGGGUGCGCGAGGUGGUAGAAACAGCCAGGAGGACUCCACGACCGAUCUGAGGCUUCCUGGCUUCCGGCAUGCCGUGACCCACCUCCCUGAUCUGAAGGAGGAGUCGCAUGAAGAUUCAAGCCUCAACACUAGCGCCAGCAACUUUCGUCCAUUCGGAGGCAGCCAGCCUGCUGUGUUCCGUAUGUCCACCGAUGGCCUGCCUACAGCUCGGAGACAUCCUUCAGUCAGGUCGUCGCGCAAUAGUGAACUCCAGCAGAUGCACCUGCCCUCGAUGAACUUUAGCAGCUUUGGCAGUUUUGAUGAAGCUCUGGACCAUCGCGUAUCCCGGUCGUUGGACUUGGCCCCAGCUGCACUGGAGGAGCUGGUCCAGACGGUAAUGCCGCGAUCGGCGUCAGCGGGCGAGGAUCGAGAGAAAUACAAGAGUGUAUUUGCCGGCCUUGAUACCCCAGCGAAGACAUCUACGACGCGUCAGUAUGCGGGCGGUGAGCUUUGGCCGCGCAAGCUGCCAGAACUUCUCGUUAAAGAGGUAGAUUCGUUGACCAUUCCGUCUGUGAACGGCCUUACAUUUCGAUUAUCGGAGAUGCUGCCACAGUUAAAAGAAGCCUUGGGCCUUGCGCAGUCGGACGAAUUUCUCGACGAGGAGGGUAUCAUGGAGAAAGCAAUGGAGAGGCUCAACGAGGUAGGCUUUCCAGCGCAGAAGCGGUCUUCGGCCCGCUUGCGUCCUAUCCCAGGUUCUCCGAACAUGUUAGUCGUGGACGAUGAAGUAUUCAAGGAGAUCACCGGGAAAGAGAAGAACGGAAAACCGUCAGGACAGUGUCACAACCGGGACGAGGCAGGUCUCGGUGCAGGAGUAGCUGGCCAAGGAGGUAUUCAGACCCACGGUGAAGCUGCUGCGUUGGCGGGGAGCGGCGUCAUCGCUCACGGGCCUGCACGUGACGAUGAAGUAAACACAACGGGGCUCGAGGCACCUUCCCCGGCUCACCUUCGUCAACACAACUCAACUUCUUACUCCUGUCACAACUUCUCUUCUCCUUCUUCUCAACCUUCAACACGAUCUCUUGGCUCGCGUGGAAGCACGACUACGGGAAUUAUCACUGAUACUCGUCCUUGGAAUCUCGACAAGAACUAUCCUUGGGCGACAGACCCGUCUGUCGACAUUUCGCUGCCUCACCCUUCCGCGUCCAAGCAGUCACCGCGGCCUGGGCCUUCACACCUCCGCAACCGCCUUUCCAGCGCCUCGUCAGAGUCAGCGGGUACGUACAGCCCAUACGGUACGUCAGCUUCACCCCCAGCGCGACGAGGUCCAGCAGGGCAUUGCUACAACUCUAUCGUCGACGAUAGGCGGUCUAUCGAGCCAUCAGCUGUUGGUUUUGACGCGAGCGGCUACCCCAUCGGACCUGUCCGCGUUCGUGACGACGACCAGUCCCACGGCACAGGCGAGCGCUAUCCUACGUCUGCUCUUCCACUUCCUUCGAAUUUACACAUAUACCCAGGUCAGGCGAGCCACUUCUCACUCGAGACAUCUGACGAGGAGGCCGAGACUACCUCGCCCCGGAAGACGUUGUUCAGCCGCCGUCCUCGCCGCAACACCCGAGCUUCUGUCAAUCGACGCGACCUGAGCCAACGUCGCAUACGGGAACUGCAGUCGUCGCGUGCAACGGACCACAGCGUGCAAAUCGAGCCGGACGACCUUCCUGACCGCUUACAACGUCAGACCUUCGCAAACGCGCAAGGAAUGUCGAAGUUCACUUUCUGUGUUCAGUCCGUCGGCGCCUUUUUCAAGAAGGGCUUGUACAAAAUCUUCCCCUGUACUCGUCCGGAGACUCCCCUCGAGCCUGACUCGGAGCCUGUCACGGUGCCCGCCAACUCUCGCAACAGCUCCUCCAGCGACGAGACGAUCCGCGUUCGUCAACACUCCCCCGUCCCGGUCAUUCGUGCCGGUCCUGGUCAUCGCUACACUCCCGGUUUCGUCAUUUCGUUCCCUUCCCUCUCCGGCAGGAUCUGCCACCCCAGCGAGGAGCCUGAGUCGCCGUUUCAAUCCAAUAUCCAGCCUCGCAGCCGCCGAUACGGCACCUCUCGCACCGAGUCAGCCGGUCCAUCUACAUUGCAGUAG